GGCUACAUACAGAUAAAAGGAAAUAAUACAAUAUACAAAAACUUUAUGUUUUAAUUUUAAAUUUUGGAACAAUGAAGCCGAUUAUCGAGUGGCUAAUAAGCGUUUGUGCUGGCCUGCUGUUGGGCACACAAUCGAUGCGCGUUUGGAAGAUAGCCAAUGAAGAGCACAGGUCUCCUCCCAUGGCAGGUGGUAUGGAAUCAUCGGCGGUUCAAGCUGAACUGGAAAAGCCUUACAUAAUGGGAUCUGAACAGAUUAGUGCGGCAUUACAAAAUAUUCUUAGUAGCGACGAUAAUGGCUUGGAAAACCAAACGCUAUUGAUUGGCGCCGCGGACAAGGCGGACUAUACGCUGGGCUCAGAGUCCUUGAAUCGCAUGCUGGAGGAUAUUUUGGGGCAGCCUUGCAGCGACAACGUGAAGUUACCUCAUAUCGAGCCCGCCAUUCAGCUUUAACGCUUAAACUAACUUAAUUCGCAA